AGAGGCAACAUGACUGUCCCUCCACAGCUCCUCCUGGUCAGGGAUACCUUCACCUCGGCGUUUGUGAAGAACCUGACCGUGGUUCUGUUCUGGCUCGUCCUCACUUACAUCAACAGCACUUUGAUCGCCACCUUUUUUAGACACCAGACCUUCUAUGAAGAUCCUCGUUACAUCCUCUUCAUCCACAUGGUGAUCAACGACGCCAUCCAGCUGACCGUGACCAUCACACUUUUCAUCCUCAGUUACAUUUUCUACAAGAUCAAUGUGUCUUUCUGCUGCUUCUUCAUCCUGGUGGCGGUCUUCACCACCAGAAACACGCCGGUGAACCUGGCUGCCAUGGCGGCAGAGCGCUACAUCGCCAUCUGUGAGCCUUUACGAUACAGCGAGAUCUGCACAGUGAGGAGGACUUUCGUGGUCAUCGGGCUGAUUUGGUUCAUUAGCGUGGCUCCAGAUAUCACAGAUCUGUUCGUGACGCUGGCCACGGAGCCCCUGAGCUUCUUCCACGAGUCUGUCUUCUGCUUGCGCCACAACGUGUUCAAAGACCCAGUUCUGGCUCACAAAAGACAGGCUUUCGAUAUCAUCUAUUUCUCCUGUGUCUUUCUAGUUCUGGUCUUCACCUAUUUGAAGAUCCUGUUUGCAGCCAGGGCCCUCUCCACGGAGAAGAUGUGCGCCCAGAAAGCCAGGAACACCAUCCUGCUCCACGGAGCGCAGCUCGCCAUGUGCAUGCUCUCUUACAUCUCCCCGAGUGUGGAAGUCGUUCUGCACAUCAUCUUCCCGGGCCGAAUCCUUGAAAUCAGAUUUGCGAACUACCUGAUCGUCUACAUGCUGCCUCGGUUCCUGAGCCCAAUCAUCUACGGCGCCAGAGACAAGAAGUUCCACAGAUACUUCAAGAUGUACCUUCUGAGCCACGCGGGAGAGGAUGCUCCUGCUGAACUCCACGCCACCCGGGCCUCUGGAGCUGCUCAUGAGCAACAGCAGCUCCUUCCCGCCAGCAGGCACUGUCGCUCUGCCUAA